UUAUCAUUAAUUUCUAUGAAAAUCUCCAUUAUUUUUAUUGUCAAUUCCGUUGAGGCUUUGAACUAACCAGUUUUAAAAAAGGCUUAAAUCUUUCGUUAAAUCAGGCGAUGCAUUCUGAUUAAAACGCAUCAAAUGUAACCCGAAGUUAAGAAUGUUUAAAUUACAUUUUUCAAAUAUUAUUUGCAUUUUAUGUGUUUUGCAUUGCGUAGCUGAACUAUUCAAGAAUCUCAAAUCCCUGAUCAUGAAUUUGCUGAGGAGUACGCCUCAGACGAGGAUUUUGUUAAACUUCAAAAUAUGUUUGAAAUAAACGAAGGUGGAAAUGCAGCUGAUGGCUGCAGUCCAAAUCCAUGUCAAAAUAAUCAGAGAUGUGAAGCAAAAUCAGGAGGUAAAUAUAAAUGCAGUUGCAAAUUGCCAUUCAAAGGAGAUCUUUGCGAAAAAUCUCCUUGUAAUCCAAAUCCAUGCAAAAAUGACGGGAAUUGCAGUAUUUCUUUUCUUAGCGCAAAAUGUAGUUGCUUGCCGGGAUAUAAAGGAGACAAAUGCACUGGAGCUGAAUGUGGUCGCGAUGUCUGCAAAAAUGGUGGUACCUGUAAAAUGGUAAACAACAAGAUCAGCUGCGGUUGUGUUUCACCCUACAGUGGUCCAUACUGUGAAACUAAAAAAGUGAAAGCUCCCACAUCCUGCAAUCCUAAUCCGUGCAAAAAUGGUGGAACAUGCAUAAAAACUGGAAAUUCAUAUUCCUGUCGCUGUAAGUCAAAAUUCGGAGGAGACACUUGUCAGUGGAAAGAUGCCUGUUACAAUAAGCAAUAUUGUCAAAAUGGAGGUACAUGCCGCACAACUGGAGUUAAUAGUUAUAAAUGUGAUUGCUUACCUUCAUAUUCUGGACGAAAAUGUGAAAUCAAAGGUUGUAUUUAUGAUGUAAUUUAUUGCUAAUUAUUACUUUCCAUUUAAUAGGCGAACAUCAAAGGUUUACCCAAACUGUAUUUGUUUGCAAUAUUAUUUGAUACAAAUCAUAUUUAAAUAUUAUCUUUAUUACAUUUUAAAAAGCACUAUUAGGGUAAUUAUCUUUUAAUAAAUAUAAGUGUUAAUUUUGCUCCUAAAAUUUAACUGGACCAUAAUCAUCCAAUAUAUAUUUAAGUGCAAGAUUUAUUGAUACAAAUUAAUUUUUUAUUUUAUUAGUAUCACAUUUUACAAUGCCCUAUACGUUUCAAAUGCAAUAGCUUUUUCAAUUUUGUCAAUUGAUAUUUCAUAAAAUUAUAUUUUAAUAAGUACAUGCAUUAAUUUUGUUUUCAAAAUUAGAGUAAGAAAUGCUCUUCAAAUCUGUAUUCCUAGGCAAUAUCGAUUGAUUCAAAUUAUAUAUUUAGUUUAUUUGUAUCACUAUGCACUUUUACGUUAUAAAUGUAAUAAACAUUUUCAUUUUAUAUAAUUAUAUUUUCAUAGAUAUAUGGUAUAAUUUUCGAUCUACACUUAAGUUGAUGGUAUAUGCUCUUCAGAUUCGUAUUUGUGUGCAAAAUUGUUUGAUGCAAAUUAUAAUUUUAUUUUAUUUGUAUCACAAUGCACUAUUACGUUACAAAUGUAAUAUUCAAUUUUGUUUUUAUUGUUAAGUUUUAAAAAGUAUAUGCCUUGACUUUGCUUCUACAUUUAAGCUGGACCAUGCUUUUCAAAUCUGUCCUUGUGUGCAAUAUUGUUGAAAAAAAUUACAUUUUUUAAUUUGUAUAGCAUUUUACAUUGAUUGAGAACGUUAUAAAUCAAAUAGGCAUUUGUAUUUCAUCUAAUUAUUUUUAAUAAGUAGAUUCAUAAAUUUUACUUCUGCUAUUACUCUGCACCAUGAUCAUCAAAACUGUAUUCGUGUGCAUUAUAGUUUGAUAAUUUUUUAUUAUUAAAGUAUUGCACUGUUAUUUAAUAAAU